ACACUUUGAUUGGAUCAGCCGCAUUCUUCACUCUUACUCGCUGUUUUAGUGGCUAGUCCGCGUUCGCUGCUUUAGCAACUCUUGUCGACGCGUGAUAUAUCUGACAAGUCGUGUGUUUCACUUUUCAUCCUUACCUCUACCCAAACUACACAUUCCAAGUCAACAUGGGCCAUAAUCAGAGCCAAUCUGGAGACCACUCAAACAGCUCUGCUCAUCAUGGAGGAGGCCGCAAAGGUGAUCGCAGGGGUGAUCGCAAAGGCGAUCGCAAAAGCUCAAAGCGUGCCGACGAGAAGUCUGGUGCAAGAAGCGCACAAUCUACCUCUUCUCCAAGAGAUCACCACUACGAGCCGCAGUAUGAUCCGCAUUACGUGCCAGUGGCUCGCCCGAUGCUUAACGACUUGACGUAUCUGGCGAAUGUAGUGAACAAUCCCGCUUUAGACAUAGGGUUUUUACCCUCAUAUGGGGUAGUCGACGCGUCUCGGUCUGGACCAGACGCGGUGCAUCACUCCUUCGGCGGCAGCGGGUCCAGUGCAUCUCAGGCAGGCCAAGCACACCAAGUCCAGUUUGCAACUUACCCGCCCCAAGCGCAGCAAAUCUCCCACCUAUCGUCGGGCUAUGACCGCACUGGGCCCUACAAUGCUAUCGGCUAUGUCCCAGUUAAUGGACAAGUCUACGACGACUCCGAACUGUACGAGGAAUACAGGCAGCGCGACCAGGACGAAGAACUCGACGACAACCAUAGCGGAGAUUGGUACAACAUACGAAGUAAUGUAUCCUACUAA